CGAUAAUUAUUCUUCUGUUUUGCUCUUUCCUGUAUGUUUUAUUGUUAUAUUCUUCGUUCAUCUUUCAGUAUCAUACUAUAUACUACUGUAUUGGGGUUUUUUUGGUGUGGGUUUGUAUGUUGAGGAAUCGAAGAAAUUAUGUAGUAGCUAUUUUAGAGGGUAAAUUAAUUCUCAACCCAUAAAAUUCUUCGUGUAUUAUGAACAGUAAUUAUGGUUUAGAACUAGCCAGGUUGAAGAUAGUUGGAUUAUGCUAUAGUAUAUAGUUUAUAGCUUGUUGAGGUGAUAUCCAUGGAAGGACCCAGAAGUUGAUCUAAUAAAUUUGAAAAAGAAAAAGGUGGGGUGGGUGGGGGUCUUUUGAAUUUUGAACAAGUAGGGUCAUGCCCCUCUACUGGCCUACUACAUGUGUCUGCUUCUUGUUGUCGUCUAUCAGAUUACAGUCAAAUUUCUUUCUAGGGUUUGGCAAUAUGGGACCUCUAUGUAUUCUGUUAUACUGAGUGGCUUCUCAUUUCUCGUAUGGCGACUCAACUAGUAAUAGUUAUUAUCUCAGGAAAAUGAUUUUUUAACUUGAAAUCUAAUCCUCAUUUUAUGUAAGUAAUGCCUUUUAAGUAUAGCUAGAGGUUCUUUGCAAAUAAAGGUUUUGUAAAUUUUACACUUAACCUGUUCGAACUUAAUGUAAGCGUCACGACAUCAACAACUUAAGUUUAAUCUGACCAGUUUUGGUAAAUUGGAUCCGUGCUUCCAUUAUGUAUUAUGUUUGCUAAGGCCUAAGUUCACAUUGAUACCUACAAAUUCCUCCACCUGCUACCUCGUUCGCUUUUAUUACCAUCUAUUGCCGUAGUGUCACAUUUAUAGAUUAGUUUGCAUAUGCUGAGGCUUCUCGUGAUAUCAGGUCAAAAUUGUUUCCUGAAUGAAAGAAUUGGUGAGUUAGAUGCUUUUGGUUAUGUCAGUCAAAUAUUUAAGUUAGAAGCAUUAUUUGCCCAUUCUUAUUUUUGUAAAAGCACGUGAAUGGAUAUGCAAGUCUGGCCAGAGAUAAUUCCCUAUCCAACUUCUCGGGUGUGGAUGAACUUGGAAGGAGUGCUAGACUGCUAGUUAUAUCCUUAAUCAGUUGAUUUAAAAAGGUUGUUUCGAUGAUUCUUUGAGAUUCAACAAGUAACUUGAUGCUCUUUUAAGAUUUGGAUAAGCAAAUUAGAAAACUAAGUUGUUCAGUCACGUCGCAGUAUAAACAAGUGAUUGGAUUAGAAAGUGCGGGCAGAGAUCUUAAGUACAUGUGUGCCUUUUAAGAUACUAUGCAUCAACUUCAUCGAAAUCUGUUCAACUAGUACCUUCAUAGUAUUAUUACAUCUUGCUUGGUGUUCUCUCUUCUUCCCUUGAAUCUCUCUGUGUGUGGUUGGAAGGUGAGGUGAUUAUAAUCUUUUGUUAAGUCUGUACUAAAUCAACCCAGUAUGUAAGUCUACUCUCUAAGAGAGUUAAUCAAUGUUGAUGUCCUUGUUCAAAUGCAAGUGGAGUGGAAGUUGUCCGAACAUUUGAGUCUUCACGUGAUCUGAUGUGAUCAGAGUUCUCAUUGACUUUUUGAGGUUAGAACAGACAACCUAUCAUGACAGACUAGUUCAGCAAGAACGACUAAGUUACCCACGUAACACGUACAUAUUCAAAAUGGACAUGGUUCAUAGCUUUCAUGCAGGGAUGGUUAUAGUCGUUGUACGAGCCAACUUAGAUGGUGGCCUAAGAGGAAAUAUGAGAUUUCAGAGCAGUUAGAAGAUGAUAGAAAUCAAGAUCUGCACUAAUUGCUUAGAGGCAACGAUCAACAGAGAUGCAGAGUAUAAUUACUGUGUGUAUGAGUCAGAUGUUGCAACUGGCUUGGGUGUGGGUUCAUUCUUCUUUCUUUUAGCUAGUCAGCUCCUCAUAAUGUUUGCUAGUCGAUGUUUAUGCUGUGGGAGGGCACUGCGACCAGGAAAGCCCCGAUCAUGGGCUAUUGUCUUAUUCAUCACCUGCUGGGUCACCUUCUUUAUUGCUGAAGUGUGCUUACUGGCGGCUUCCGUUAGGAAUGCCUACCACACAAAGUAUAGGACUUACUUGGCACAACAUCCUCCAUCCUGCGAGGUUUUGAGGAAGGGAGUCUUUGGUGCUGGCGCUGCUUUUAUUGUUUUCACUGGCAUCGUCUCUGAACUUUUCUACGUCAGCUAUUCCAAGGCCGAUGAAGGAUCCAUUCCUCCAAGAAUGGAUGGUGGCAUAAGGAUGAAUGCGUUCAUGUGAAUCCAUUGAGCAGAAGGAGGUUUUGGUUGUAUACUCGCUAAGCUUUUGCACUUACUUAGAAUGUGAUAUUGGUAACGUGGUAUACUCAACCCUGUUGGGUUGCUGAUUUGACUUCAACAGAAUUAGAGAUUCUGAUCAUUUGUCGCGACUUAUGUGCAUCUUUCUGAGUAGGGAUAUAGACAUAGAUAGAUAUAACUGCUACAUGUGAUUUCUGUUAUACAAUGUUUUGAAGAAAGUUUUCUGGGGCCUGAUGAGGCAAAAAAUAGGUUGUCCACCUUAUGAUACUUGAGAUAAUUCUAAUGUUCCUGUUGCCAUUUCA